CUUGUCUCUGUCAAAUGAGUGCCUAGCUUCAUAAUUAUUUAGAAAAUUUUAAAACCAUUUUUAAGAAGUUGUAUUUUGUGUAAAUAGUUGAUUUAAUAUGAUUUAAAAUGUUGUUUUGCGCAGAAAUUUCAGAUUAUAAAAUAGUUUAUAAUGUGUUAAAAUCAAUAAGCUUUAAAGAUUUUGCUAUUAUUCGUCCGAUGGAACAAGGUUUAAAAGUUACUUUAGAAGAAAUGAAAUGCACCGAAACGUCCGCUUAUCUGCCUUGUAAUUUAUUUACUGUGUAUAAAUUAAACAGUGAUGAAGAAAUUAAAUUUAAAAUAAGUCUUAAAACUUUUACAGAAAUAUUGAAUAUUUAUGGUGACGAUGGAAAUCCUAGUUUAAAAUUGUCUUAUAAAUCAGUGGGGUCAACUUUAAACCUACUAAUUGGUCAUCCAGAUGAAAAUAUAACUGUGGAUUGUGAAAUACGAACAAUGAAUGUUGAAGACUUUAACGACAUUGGACUGGCAGAAGAAUGCAACUUAAAUAAAGUAGUGGAGGACGUAGACGCGUACAUGGGCAGAACCGAAAAUAGCGGCAAUGUGGACGAGGUGCUGAAAAAAUUGGACAGUCAGCACGCCAAAUACAAAUUUAUGGAAUAUAAUUUGCUGUCGAAGAAAAAACGUCUGCAAACUCAGGUGCCGGAGUUGAAAAGAUCUCUCACCACCAUUGAAAAAUUGGAGCAGCAAAAGGAGGAGUUUGAAGCGCAGUUUCUGCUAAGCGAUCAAGUUUUCGCCAAGGCUUUAGUUCCACCCACAGAAAAUGUGUGCUUGUGGUUAGGUGCAAACGUUAUGCUGGAGUAUACAUUGGAAGAUGCUAAGGGGUUGUUAUCCAAAAAUAUUGAGGCUGCCUCCAAAAAUUUAGGAUAUGUUGAACAUGAUUUGGACUUUUUGAGGGAUCAAUUUACGACAACAGAAGUAAAUAUGGCAAGAGUAUUUAAUUGGGAUGUUAAAAGGCGUCAAGCUGCUAAGGCUGCAUCUGGAAAAUAGGUUUAAAACAUUUUAAAACUGCCCCUCAAGCUACAUGUGAAGCUGUCAUUAUUUACACCCUCUUUAUACAUUUGCAUUUAUUCAUUUAUAAUUUGCUUUGUUGUCAGAAUACCUAGUAUUUAUUAUCAAAUGUUUAAUACAUAAUCAAUUUAUAAAUGUUUUUUUUUUACUGAAAUGGAACCAUCAUGGAAAAUAUAAAAUAGGUAUCAG